GCUUUUAACGCUCUGGCUCUCGCGCCAUUUCCGUCCCAAGUCGUCUGAAACGGCGCGCGCACCGCGAUGAUGGAAGGUACCCUGCUCUGCACCGCCAACUACGCGCCGCUGACGCCCAUCAGCUUCCUUGAGCGCACCGCCCUCGUCUACCCUGACCGCCCCGCCAUUGUGGCCUCCGGCGGCGUCGGCUUGCGACGCACGUGGCAGGAAACACGGGCGCGCUGCCUCCACCUCGCCGCCGCCCUCGCUGGACUCGGCGUCGCGCGUCAAGACGUGGUUGCCGUGUUCGCACAAAACAUUCCUGCGGUGGUCGAGCUCCACUUUGGCGUUCCGAUGGCCGGCGCCGUCAUCUGCGCGCUCAACUCGCGCCUGGAUGCCGCGAUGGCGUCGGUCCUGCUGCAGCACUCGGAGGCCAAGGUCGUCUUCGUCGACUGGGCGCUGCUUGAAAUUGCCCAGGAAGCUCUCAGCCUCGUGACCAAGGCAGGAGCCAGGCCUCCUCUUGUGGUGUUAAUCAAAGAACUUCUCUACGAAUCAUCACCGGAUUCUGAUGACAAUCUAAAAACACUUGUUCGAGCUGAACACUACGAGUACGAGGCUCUGCUUAGCUAUGGCGAGUCGCUGGACUUUGCUAUCAGGUGGCCGGCCGACGAGAACGAGCCGAUAGCGCUGAACUACACGUCAGGGACGACGUCGAGGCCCAAGGGCGUGGUCUAUAGUCACCGCGGGGCUUACCUGAAUAGCAUCGCCACCGUGAUCAUGAACGAGAUGGUGGGCAUGCCGUUGUACCUGUGGACCGUCCCGAUGUUCCAUUGCAACGGCUGGUGCCUUGUCUGGGGCGUGGCGGCGAAGGGCGGCACCCACGUCUGUCUCAUCAAGGUCACCGCGGCCGCAAUCUACGAUAGCAUCGCGCGCUACAGCGUUACCCACAUGGGCGGUGCGCCGACGGUGCUGAGCAUGAUCGUGAACGCUACAGAGAAGGAGCGGCGGCCGCUGCCCGGUGGGAGUCCAGUCACCGUCAAGGCCGGCGGUGCACCGUCACCACCGCAGAUACUGCUCCGGAUGGAGGCGCUUGGGUUCCAUGUCAUCCACGGGUACGGCAUGACGGAGACGUACGGCCCAGCAACGUUCUGCGCGUGGAAGCCCGAGUGGGACGCGCUGCCGCCGAAGCAGCGGGCGACGAUCAAGUCCCGGCAGGGGCUCCACCACCUGGGACUGGAGGUGGACGUGAAGGACCCCGCGACGAUGCAGAGCGUGCCGGCCGACGGGCGGACCAUGGGGGAGGUGAUGCUCCGGGGCAACACGGUGAUGAGCGGCUACUACAAGGACGCGGUGGCGACAGCGGAGGCACUGGCCGGCGGGUGGCUCCAGUCGGGGGACCUGGCGGUCCGGCACAGUGACGGAUACGUGAAGAUCAUGGACCGGUCCAAGGACAUUAUCAUCUCGGGCGGGGAGAACAUCAGCACAAUCGAGGUGGAGGCGGCGCUUUUCGCGCACCCGGCGGUUGCCGAGGCAGCAGUGGUCGGGCGGCCGGACGAGUACUGGGGCGAGACGCCGUGCGCGUUCGUGCGGCUGAGGGACGGCUCCGAGAACGUGGGCGCGGAGGAGGUGAUAGCCUUCUGCCGGGCGCGGCUGCCGCGGUACAUGGCGCCGCGGACGGUGGUGUUCGUGCCGGAGCUGCCCAAGACGGCGACGGGGAAGGUGCAGAAGGUUGCGCUGCGGGAGCGGGCGAAGGCCAUGGGCAGCAUCUCCGGCUCAAAGUCCAGGAAACAGCGGGGAGGAUCAGAAUCAGACUCAGGGACGAGGAGCAAGCUCUGAUUGAAUCAAUAUGAAGAUCAUUAGUGCAGCAUUGUGUUGAGGCAGAACAAUUAAUAUAGAAAAAAAUCUAUAAAUAACAAAUAAACAUAUGGAUUGGAGAUGAGAAAAGUUCAUCUCAAACUCAUAGAAGUAAUACUUUCUCAGUAAGCUAGCAUUUUCUCGAGUUCUAUAACGAACUGAUGAAAACUAACGACCCGUUAAAAAUAUGACUAAGGGAAUAGAUGGCUCGGAGAUUGCUGCCUGUUUCCUAGACUCUUGUGAUCUUCAGGUUCAGGCUAUAGCAUGAAGAGUUCAUCAUCACUCAGGGUUAGUGGUUUAUUCUCAAGCUACUGGCUUGGAUGCUCAUCCUUUUACUAUCUCUGAAUCCGCACACCCUCUUUCUUCCUCUGUUCCUCCCGCGGAUACAACAGUAUGGAGCAUCUGUAUUAAUUGGUU